AAAUACAUUAAUAUUAACAACUCAGUUGACAAACUGUUGCUAUUUAGAAAGGAGUGUGCAUCUCAGUUUUCAUUGGGCAAACCCGAUCCAGAGGUUUUUCAUGAGCGCUGGUGGGAGGAGAGACUACAGCAGCGCUGGAUAUCAAAAAUAAACCUCUCAUUUCUCAGAAAGUAUAAAUACCAGCGCCUCAAUCCAGAGACAGUCCUGUGGACUAAAGAGCUCAGGAACUUGGCUCCGAUUUACCUAUAAUUCAAUUUGCACUCAUAGUAAGGAUGCAUUGAAUUUAUUCACUUUCAAAAUAGUUUUAAGCUAGUGGCAUGUGCUGGAUAGUAGUCAUAAAUGUUAAUAAUAUUAAUAUUAGAGAAAGUGCUUGAGUAAGGCUUAUGAAAGUUUGUCAGUCACAUUAGAUUAGUUGAUCAAUAAGUUACAAAUAUUAUUAUUAUUUUUUAAUUUAGGAAUAGCGGUGUUUUAAUAAAAUGUGGUCGUAUUUAGUUAUAUUUGUUUGCCUCUUCGCUGAAACAUCUGCUCACUCGUUUGAGACUGAAGAGAUUGUACCUGUUCAACUGACUGGAAGAAGCGGUGGACGAGUGGCAAAGAGGAGUGAAACGCAGCCCAGCUUCAGGCUCUCGGCUUUCGGCAGGAAUUUCACACUCAAUUUGACACCGGACAGCACCUUCAUAUCGCCAGCGCUGAAAGUUUACCGCGUCAAAGUCAAACCACAAGAAAAGUCAACCAGCAACCUGACAGAUUUUUAUCAAUCCUUGAAUCAAACCGAGGAGACUGGGACAGAGUUUUUAAAAGGCUGCUUUUACACCGGCUUUGUUGACUCCAGUGAAGACUCAGUCGUUUCUGUCAGCUUAUGUCGUGGGAUUUUAGGAUCGUUUAUUUCAGAUGGUAAAGAAUAUCUAAUCGAACCGAAAUCUUUCGGUUUGGGGACUAAAGGAAAGUUAACCGAACAGCUGCAUGUCAUUAAAAGGAGACGUUUUGCAAAGUCCUCGCAGGUUUCUAAACAGCUGUCAGAUAUGAGAGAUGAUCUUCAAAACUCAAGGAUCCAGAUGCCAUCCAGGCGCAGGCGCUUUGUCUCAACUCCCAGGUUUAUUGAGACGCUGGUUGUCGGUGACGCCUCCCUCACACACUUCUAUGGGGACGAGAUCAAGCACUACAUGCUGACCUUGAUGUCAGUGGCCGCCCAGGUUUACAAGCACCCCAGCAUUAAGAACUCCAUCAACAUUGUGCUUGUGAAGAUGCUGAUUGUGGAGGAUGAAGAGGUCGGGCCGUCCAUCUCCAGCAAUGGAGGCGUAGCUCUGCGUAGCUUCUGUGCCUGGCAGCAGCUCUUCAACCCGUCCAGCCACAGGCAUCCGGAGCAUUACGAUACAGCCAUACUGUUCACUAGAGAGGACAUCUGUGGACAUCAGAGUUGCGAGACGUUGGGUGUAGCUGAUGUUGGAACCAUGUGUGACACUAAAAGGAGCUGUUCUGUGAUUGAAGACAACGGCCUUCAGGCUGCUUACACAACUGCACAUGAGCUAGGUCAUGUUUUGAGCAUGCCUCAUGAUGACACUAAGAGCUGUGAGCAGCUUUUUGGACAUCUAGGCGAGGAUCAUAUCAUGGCUCCUGUAUUCACUCAGCUCAGUAAAACCUCACCCUGGUCACCCUGCAGUGCUUUGUACGUCACUGAGUUUUUCGACAAUGGACAUGGAGACUGUUUACUGGACGCCCCUGAGACCACAGUGGCUUUACCCACUGAGCUGCCAGGCCUAACUUACAGUCUGGACCGCCAGUGCCAGCAGAUAUUUGGAGAGGAGUUUUCACAUUGUCCCAACACCUCAUCCAGCGAGGUGUGUGAGCGGCUUUGGUGUCAACAGGAGGGCCAGUCUAUGUGCACGACUCGAAACGGGAGUUUGCCCUGGGCGGAUGGCACGAGCUGCGGCACCAACAGGACCUGCCUGAACAGUGUGUGCAUGUCUUCUGAGGAUGUCCUGAGGCCGCAGCCGGCUGUGGAUGGAGGCUGGGGUGAGUGGGGAUCAUGGCAGCCGUGCUCCAGGUCAUGCGGAGGUGGAGUGAUGUUCUCCUACCGAGAGUGCAACCGACCGUCUCCGCAAAACGGAGGAAAAUACUGCGUGGGCCAGAGAGUCAAUUACCAGUCCUGCAACAAACAGGCCUGUGAGAAUAACCGAGGAAAAAGUUUUCGGGAGGAGCAAUGUGAAAAGUACAACAAUCCCAAUCACUUUGAUAUUCAUGGCAAUGUGAAGCAGUGGAUUCCGAAAUACGCUGGAGUGUCGUUACGGGAUAGAUGUAAACUCUUUUGCAGAGCACGGGGCAGCAGUGAAUUCAGAGUGUUUGCACCGAAGGUCAUUGAUGGAACCCCAUGUGGUCCUGAUACCACAUCCUUCUGUGUGCAAGGCCAGUGUAUCAAAGCUGGUUGUGACCUGGAGAUCGAUUCUAGUAAGAAGCUGGACAAAUGUGCUGUGUGUGGAGGAAACGGCCAGAGCUGCAGGAUGAUAUCUGGCUCCUUCAAUAAAGUCGUCCAUGGAUAUAGGGACAUUGUGACGAUUCCUAGUGGAGCCACUAACAUUAACAUCAAACAGCAGAGUCAUGGAAGUAUACCACACGAUGGCCAUUACCUGGCUGUACGAAGAGAAAAUGGCAAUUACAUCUUGAACGGGAACUUCUCUGUAUCCACUGUGGAGCAGCAUAUUCCAGUGCUGGGCGCUGUGCUGAAGUACAGUGGCUCUUCAACAACACUUGAGAGACUUCAGAGCUUCCGGCAGCUUCAGGAACCCAUCACAAUACAACUGCUCUCCACCGCUGCUGAAUCCAUCCCACCGAAGGUCAAAUACACCUUCUACAUCCCUAAAAGCAUGGCGUUCAGUAAACCGAAAGACAAAAAGAUUGCAGGCAAGUUGAUUCAUCCUUUUGGGGUGCCACAGUGGAUCUCAAGCGAGUGGUCCGAAUGCUCCAAAACAUGUGGUUCUGGGUGGUCCAGAAGAAAUGUGGAAUGUAAAGACAAUGCUGGCUUCUAUUCAAACCACUGCAAUAAAGAUCUCAGACCGUCUGAUAUCAGACCUUGCGCAGAUCUGCCGUGUCCCAUUUGGCAGAUAGGACCUUGGUCUUCAUGCUCUCAAACUUGUGGCCACGGGGAACGACAGCGCAAGAUUCUCUGCAUCGAUUACACUGGGAAGACUGUGGAGCCAGAGAACUGUGACCCUGCCAAGAUGCCUGAAUCCGUAUCUGAAAAGUGUUUCUACCAAGAGUGCUGAGGACUUCAUCUGCAGUAAAUGAUUUGGUUGUUAAGACGUUCCUGUGAAACGAUGGAUUAUCAUUUGACCGUGCUUCAGGUUGGAGCAGGGAAUUUUCAGCUUUAGACAGAAAACGGUUGAGCUGUGUGGAGUGAAUGUUGCACGGAUUGAUUAAGUUGGGCUUUGGUUUUAUCAGAUUUAUAUAUUUAUAACCACUAUGGAUGCAAUAGAUAUCUACCUCAUCAAUGCUUUAUUGCAGUUUCCCUAACUUCUAACUCCUGGAUCAUGUUCACACUUGGUUUUAAGAUGAUCACCCAAACACAAGUGGAUGAUGCUAAAUGCAGAUGCAAAUGGGGACUGAAGCGUUUUGUGCUUGUUUGUGCAAGUUGAAAACACAUCAUAUCAGAUUGCUUUCACAGUUUAUAUGCUCAUGUGGUGGAAUGCAUUUCAACAUAAAACUACCUAUUCCAUCUACUGAUGUGAUUCCAAAACAUUAUGGGAUGUGUUUUCAAGAUGACCCAACCAGACUAAAGGUUACUGUCGCACGAGAAUUUAUUUUAAGAAACCAGUCUUGAUUCUAACACAAAACCCAAAGUGU